AUGUAUGUGCUCGACAACCCCGUGUUCCGGUGGAUCUGGGCGCAUGUGUGGUACUUUGUCGGGUUCUACUGCCUGCUCCCGGUGCUUGCCUACGUGGUGCUCCCGUUUUUCGCCACGAAAAAGGUCCACAAGUCGCGUCCGACGGUGUCGGUGAUGGUGCUCGGCGACUUGGGCCACCUGCCUAGAAUGUGCUACCACGCCCGCAGUUUGAGCAAGUUGGGCCAUUUCGUCAACUUGUGUGGCUACGUCGAGCUGGAACCGUUUGAGUUUGUCUUGGACGAUCCCUACAUCGACGUCCAUGAGAUCAUGCCCAUACGCAACGUCCACGGGCUCCCCUUCGCUUUGUUUGCGGCAGAAAAGCUUGUGCUACAGCUGGUGCGCCUCUUCAAGAUGUUGCUUGAGCUAGGCGACCUGGAUUACUACCUCAUUCAGAACCCGCCGCUGAUACCGUUGGUGUUAUUGGUGGUGGCGUAUAUCAAGUUGUUGAACCGUAAUGCCAAGCUUGUCAUUGACUGGCACAACUUAAAUUGGUCUAUCCUCAACUUAAGGUACCAAAACGACCAGCACUGGGCGGUGAAGUUGCUUAAAUUGUACGAAAAAUGGGUGGUGGCCAAACAGAGUGAUUUACACUUGUGCGUGACAAAACUGAUGAAGAGAGUGCUUAUAGACGACUUUCAAAUACCCAAGAAUCGGAUCCAUGUGGUUUACGAUCGCCCCGCGGAACAGAUUAACCCGUUAGAGGACCCUAAGGCGACGCGGGCUAAACUCUUUGAGAAAUACCGCAUCGACGCUCCCGAAAACAGCAAGUUGGUGGUGCUGCUGACGUCGUUCACCCCUGAUGAAGAUUUCAAUGUGUUGCUUGAUGCCCUUGAGAAAUUACCCGAAGAUAUCGGCCCGUUGGUGGUGGUGGUUACCGGUAAAGGUCCCUUGAAACAGCAGUUCUUACUGAGAGUACGCGACCUGAAGUUCGACCCGAAACGGCUCGUGGUGACGCUGGUGUGGCUCCAGGCCGAGGACUACCCGUUAAUGAUCGCCAGUGCCGAUUUAGGGGUAUCCCUCCACACAUCGCUGAGCGGGGUCGAUUUGCCGAUGAAGAUCCUCGAUAUGUUUGGCGGCGGUGUACCUGUGGUGUCGGUGGAUUUCCCCGCGAUUUCUGAGCUUGUCAUCCACGAGAAGAACGGGUUGGUGACGCUGCCCCAGGCAAUGCACCUGGCGUUAGCUCGAGCAUUGACGGACGACCAAUUAUACCACGACAUCAAGCUGGGGGCGAUCGCCGAGAGCAAACGCAAGUGGGACGCCAACUGGAAACCCACGUGUAUUCCGAUAUUCACCUAG